AUGGCUCAGAUGCGGCUACAAAGGCAGCGUUACUCGACGCUGUGCACCCGAAAGACUUGUCUGCAAGCUCAGGUAGACGAGCUGAAUGCGCCAGGCAAGGACAUGACCGUCCAGCUUGAACGCGAGCAGGCACGACGCGCUCAAGAGCUCGAGCACCCGUUUGCGUCGUCUUCCACCUCAUCGCCAGGAAUCUCUCGGACUUCCGGUGAUCAGGCGCAGCUGCCAGCCGCGGUGCUGGGUAGCGCAUUGCAAGCGAUUUCUGCUUGCAUCACGGAGCGUCGCGAGCUGCUGCAGUCCCUGCGUGACGGCUCUCAAUACUGUCUAAUGCUCCUUGCUGCGCUUUUUGCGAAGUGCCCGUUAUCCACGGUUGCGGAGCCGGUGGACCGUGGGGCAUCUCAGAGCGGGAGCCAUGCCUCCGAUGCCACGGCGGUCAUCGCUGGUAGGGGUGAGGCGCCAACGAGAUGUGCCUCACGAAAUUACGUUUCCGACUCCGCCGCGACAAGUGCUGCACCUGCCUCGGGCUUGAGGCAUGCAGAGGAAGGCAUGGCGAAGGCGCACCAGGCACUGUGCGCUGGCGAAGAAAAGGCUCUGGCUGAGAUGGAAUAUUUGCUGCUCCUGCUGCAGAAGUGUGCGCAGCCGCAACAAGAGCGUGGGCGCCCUGGCGUGUCGCCGGAUGGCCGACCGAGUGCCAUGGAGAGCGCGACUCGAACGACGUCUUCUGCUACUGCAGCUGGAGAUGUACCUGCGUUGGUGAUGACGGCGGCAAACCACGUGGCAUCUGAGGCAGGUGAUGGAUGGACCGAGCGUGGCCGUUUGUUCACCAAAGAGAGCACGUGA